AUGGCUCUCACCCCCAAUAUCGGUCUGGGCGUGGGCAUUGGACUGCCCCCCACUCCCAUGUCAGCGACACUUCAGCCAGCUCUGAUGGGACGGUCGCCAGUCGGCCCUCCUUCAAUGAUCAUGCCAAAUCAGGGGUAUCCUCCAACCAUGGGCAAAUCUCCACAUGAUCGUCGCAACGUCCCCCGUCCAAGCCCUUAUCAUCUUCAGAGCUCUCGAUCCACCUCGCUCUCUCUCAAAUCGGAAGAUGAGGACUUUAUGCUGUACGCCGCUCCCGGUCAACCAAGUUAUCCCUCACCGUGGCCCGGCGGAAUGAUUGGCGACAUGAAUCAGAUGACCUUGGAGCAACAUCGCCGCCUCGAUUUUCUGGAGCAAGAUCUAGACCUCGGUGGUCCCGCAGCAGAGCGCGAAACCGCCAUCCGGGCAGACCUUGCAAACAAGGCAGAGCAGGUCCGAGCUCUGAGCCCGUGCCAGCAUGUCAACGGGUUUACUGUUCCUCGUCAAGGGCUGUAUCACUCCUACACCAUGUCGUGUAACGACUUUGGUCUGCGGCCCAUCAAUUCGGCAUCGUUCGGGAAGGUUGUGCGCUCGACGUUCCUGGGAAUACGAACCCGUCGUCUGGGGGUUCGCGGUAACAGCAAGUACCACUAUGUCUCACUGCGGCCCGCCAUCUCGACCGAGGCCCACCGUCUCAACGCAUACGGCGACUCGAGCGGUCAGCUGCAUAUUGCGCCUCAAGACGGCGAUUUCAGCAUGGAAGACCACGGUGGGGACAUCAUGACAGAGGAUGACACGGAGGAGGAAGAGGACGACGACCUGGCGGAACUAUCCGAAGGCAUGACGUACUCCGCCCACCCCUUUCCUCAUGUCCAACCGAGUGGCCCGGGGGGUCGCUCUCGGUCUGGCUCACAGGAUGAGCAUCUCGUAAUCCGCUCGGCGCGCCCUGCCCACAUGCCACACUAUGUCACACCCACCGUGUCGGGUGUUUCAUCGGGGGCAUCCACCGCCGUCCGCCUCUCGUCACCAGGCGCCCCUCGACCAGCGCCUCCCUUUCCUGCCCUCUCUGCUGGCGUCGACUCCGCAACCGCCGCGUUUUGGCAGUCAUUUUGUGCUGCCCAGGAGCAGCUGGGACGGUUUGUGACGGAGCUCGACCUUGACUCCUUCCAACAGAACUACCGCAAUUUCUGGGAGUCACAAUCGCCCGAAACGCUCCAGUUAUGUUCUCAGCCGCCUCUCGCAUCUAUGCUCGUGGAUGGGAUGGCAAUGUCGUAUGACCACAUUAUUCUGUCACUUGUGGACAAGAUUCUUGCCCCGAUUCCGCCCAACGCCCAUGCCGCCCUCGGAAUGAUGGCUGUAAAUUUUGACAAAAUGACCGCCGACAUUCUUGGGGGCCUAGCGACGGAAGUGUCGCGCCCAAUUAUUGAGCUGAGCAGCCAAGUUGGCCAGCUGUUUGCUCGCUUCCUUGACCUCCAUCAAAUCACCACAGCCAUUGGUCCUAUCCUGGCCGAGCCUGAGCAGCUGUCAAACAUGCGCAACUCGUGGCGGAUGCUGGAUACCAAUUUCGUCAUUCGCCAGUGCAUGAUGGCAUGCGACUGCUCUGAGGAGCUGCUCGAGCCCGCUCUUGCAGCUUUUGGCAAUUGGCUUCAUGAAGUGGGCGCUAACAUGGCUGCGUACCCAGUGGAGCAGCUCGCCAUGUGUGUUGAUGGGGCGGUGGGGCAAGCUGAAGGUCUCUUGAUGGGAUCCAACAUCCGCGCCAUUAUUCCCAAGGCGUCCUACCUCACCUCCCAGGUGAUGCGUCUGCUGACGCUCCGUUCAGAUGUAUCCUUUGGCUGGUUUCAGCUGAUCAAGACGUGGAUCGACGACUACGUGACGAUUUCGUGUAUGCGGCGGGCCGCAUUCGCUCGUCCUAGUCCCAACCUCCUCGGUUCCGGCACCUUACAGCCCAAAGACCUUCAGAGUCAUCACAAUCCGCCUCUGGCAAUCGACACAGCUUCGGCGACAUACAGCACAGUCGCCCUUGAUCAGAGCGCCAUCACCCCGCGCCCAGCCUUUACUGCUUCUGGCGCGGCGACCCAGGCUACCGGACCUGGAGUCGGAGGCAUCGCCGGCACCUCGAUCACGGGCAUGGCGGGGGCUGCAGGCGGCCCCUCGACCUUUAUGUGAACAUACACGGAUUGACCCCCUACCCUGCCCCUUGUCCCAGUCUCUGCAAGCAUAGUAAUUGUUGGGGCCGAUCCGAAGCAAAACGGCGCGGAGCAGCCAAGCCCUCCAGUCGGUGUAUCGAUAUCCUCUCCCAUUUUCGUAUCCGGGGCACCGCCAGCGCUGCGCGCGUGGGUAACCCGGCCUUUGGCGCAGUCUAGUUAACGACCCAUGACGGCCAUGUCACGUAGCGCGGGCCACCGCAUCUGUAUAAUUCAAAAUGUAUAUUGUGC